CUAGGCAGUCCCUUGAGGGAGGGCCCAGUCUGGAACAGGCAGACACACUUUUUCAAGUCAUUGUGGAAAAUGACAUACUGAAAGCCAAGUCUUUCCUCUGUAAUCCUGAGAAAGAGGCGGGUGUCUUCUAUCAUUUGGACUAGAGAGAAGAGUCAAGUCAGUGAGAGGGACCUCAGGCUGGAGUCUGGCCCUCCGAGUGGAGCAGACCUCCAGGGCAGAAGACCAGAGGAAGUCCUCAGGAAAACCUACGGCCCUCAGUGUCCCCUCUGUACCUCUGGAGUAGACCCAUAUAAUCUGAAGAAAGAGAACAGCUUCCGGGAAGGGGAGGAGGAGUGAACCACCAAUGAAAUCAGAAUUCAGCUGUUUCUAUCAUCAGAAUCAGAAAUACUAAUCUGAAAUGCACUGAUUUGGGCAGAUCAAGGGAUAAACAGGAAAAGACCCUUUUGAGCUUCCCAACAUGGUGCAGUCGAUUAACAUCAUGGAGCUGAAUCUGCCGCAGCUAGAAAUGCUCAAAAACCAGCUGGACCAGGAAGUGGAGUUCUUGUCCACGUCCAUUGCCCAGCUCAAAGUGGUACAGACCAAGUAUGUGGAAGCCAAGGACUGUUUGAACGUGCUGAACAAGAGCGAGGUGAAAGAAUUACUCGUCCCACUGACGAGUUCUAUGUAUGUCCCUGGGAAGCUGCAUGAUGUGGAGCACGUGCUCAUCGAUGUGGGAACUGGGUACUAUGUAGAGAAGACAGCUGAGGAUGCCAAGGACUUUUUCAAGAGGAAGAUAGAUUUUCUAACCAAGCAGAUGGAGAAAAUCCAACCAGCUCUCCAGGAGAAGCACGCCAUGAAACAGGCUGUCAUGGAAAUGAUGAGCCAGAAGAUUCAGCAGCUCACAGCCCUGGGGGCAGCUCAGGCUACUGCUAAGGCCUGAGAGUUUUUGCAGAAAUGGGGAGGGACACCCUUUGGGCAUGGCUUCCUGGUGCUGGAAAGGGAAGGGUCUUGUGUUUGAUGCCAAUAAAUGUGCCAGCUGGGUAGAAAAAAAAAAA